UCUUGUGUGUGUGUGUGUGUGUGUGUGUGUGCGUGGAGUGGUAAUUCACUGAGCUUUUCAAACGGCAGUAAAACAGAAGGAGUGUGCUGAUGCUCGUCUUUAUCCAACCACCAAGCGUGUGUUUGUUUAGGGAAAGCGGUAGACCGCAUUGGAUGGAUCACUGUUUUUUUUGCACAUAACAGCAGAGAUGGAUUCCUAAUCAUACGCGCCAUGGGUAUUUUCCCUCUCACACACACACACACACACAUGCAAGUACUGCCUCCCUCGUUCUCUCUAUCUUUGAUCCCCGGAUGAUUCACCAUCACCUGGACAACGGUGAAGGACAACAAAGGAAAGACAAUUCAAAUCCUGUUUGAAGAUAAAAGGAGACAAUGUUUUGGUCCCCCAGACUGUCACUUUCCAAUUUCCAUGUAAAGCUGACAGCCAAAGGACUUUUCCGGAACCUUCAGCUGCUGCCAAGAUGCAAGAAGAGCACAGUCGUCUUCCACACAGUGGACAAAAACAAGCCUCAGGAGGCUCCAGCAAGACCCACAAACACCAACAGCAGCUCACUGGCAGCAGCACCAGCAGGAGGAAACAGCGAGAGAAAACAGCAUCCUCCACCAGAACUGGUACCAGAUGUGGUAAAGGCUAACACAACAGUGAUGGCAGUUCUCCCAGUACCAACCCCUGAAACCACCAACACUGGCUCAGGCUCCACUGGCGCAUCUGGUCUUGGGUUAAAAGCAAAAUCAAGAUCCAGCCCCAGAACAGCAUCUCACUUCCAGAAUACAUCCAAGCGUGGCGCAGCAGGGGCUGUUGUGGUGGACUGGAUGGUCACUGCCAAACAAAACCAGAGCAAAGAGCUUCCUGAGAAGAAGAACCUAGCCAUCAACCGGCUGAGGAAACUGGUUGUCCAGGGGAAUAGGAGAGUGGAGGCUCUGGCUAUAGUUAUCCAACAACUAUUCAGUGAGUGCGAGGAAGCCCAGAAGCAGACGAAGGGUUUGUCACUGGAACUGGAGAACCUCCGAGAUGAGCUGGUGGCGUCAUCGCAGUGCUGCGAGUGUCUCCAGAAGGGGAAGGAGGAGGUGCACGUCAGUUUGGAGGAGGCCCUUAACCGGCUGCAAGAGCAGCAUAAGGAGGAGCUUGUGCAGCUGGAGGACAGACUGCGGAGCUUUUACCAGACAGAGUGGGACAAAGUCCAUCAGACGUAUCAGGAGGAGGCAGACAAAUGCCGCAGGUUGAUGGAACAGCAGGUGGAGAAGCUGAGGAGCCAACAGGAAGCAGACAAGAACAACCUGGAAGUGAGUCACAGCCAGAAGAUGGAGUCUCUUAGACUGCAGUAUGUGACCUCCAUAGAAGACUUGAAAAGGAUUCAGCAGACAGAUCUGGAGAAACUGAGCAGAACCCUGAAGGAGACUGAAACAUCUCUUUCUGACAAAAUAUGUGAGCUGUCAGCAGAGAACGGGGCUCUAAAUGAGAAGCUGAAAGCAGAAGAGGAGAGGAGGCGGCAUGUGCACACUGACAAGAAUCUGAAGGACUCUCACACAAUGUACCUGGAGCAGGAGCUGGACAGUCUUAAGGUGGUGCUGGAGAUCAAGAACAACCAGCUGCACCAGAGGGAGAAGAAGCUCAUGGAGAUGGACAAACUGUUGGAGACCAAUGUGAAAUUGGAGGAGUGUCUGACAAAGGUCCAACAGGAGAACGAGGACUACAAGGCUAGGAUGGACAAACACGCUGCUCUCUCCAAGCAACUGUCCAGUGAACAGGUCAAACUGCAGCAGACGCUGCAGAAAGAGUCCAAGGUCAACAAACGUCUGUCCAUGGAGAACGAGGAGCUGCUGUGGAAGCUGCACAACGGUGAUCUGCUGGCGAGUCCCCGCCGCCUCUCACCCACCUCGCCCUUUGGCUCGCCCCGGAACUCUGCCUCCUUCCCCACAAUUGCACCCUUAUCGCCCAGAUAGCAACUGCAACGGCAAGCCAUUCCUCUCCUGUGACCUCCUAUUUGUCCAUGUAAC